AGUUUGUCUUCAUUGAUUGCAUGUCGCAUUUUAAAUUAAAUUCAUUUGUGUUUAGAUAUGACUGCUCGAGGGAUUUCGAGAGUUUUUGAAAAACUCGAAAACUCAAUUAAAGAGGGUAGAUAUUAUGAAGCCCAUCAAAUGUAUAGAACCUUAUAUUUUAGAUACUUGAGUCAGAAAAAAUAUAAUGAUUUAAAGGAAAUGCUUUUUAAGGGCUCUAUGUUAUUUUUAGAUGCCGAUCAGAAAACCUCAGGAGCUGACAUAGGAUUGUUAUUAAUAGAAGUUCUUGUAAAAUCAGAAGAAAAAAACUGUGAUGAAUGGUGUCCCAAACUAUCACUAAUAUUUUCUAAAAUUGGCGCAAAUUUUCCGGCAGAAAGAGAAACUUUAUUGGCUCACUCUAUUAAGUGGUCUGCUCAGGGAUUUUCACAUGGUAGUCCAUUAUUACAUGAGAAUAUAGCAAGAAUAUAUUGGGAUGAAAGAAACUAUGCCCAAGCACGUCACCACUUUAUUCACUCUAAAGAUGGAAGAGGUUGCGGAAAACUUUUAAUAGAGUUCCAAAGAUCUAAGGGAUAUAAAUGUGAAGUUGAUUUAUUUAUAGCACAAGCAGUGUUACAACUUUUAUGUUUAAGAAAUAAGGUAACAGCUAGUCAGACAUUUACCACCUAUACAGAACAGCAUCCCAGGAUUAAAAGAAAUGGACCACCCUAUUUGUUGCCAUUGUUAAACUUUAUAUGGUUUUUGUUACAGGCCAUUGAAAGUCAAAAACUGCAUACUUUUGCAGUUUUGUGUGAGCAGUAUGAAAAUUCUAUAAAAAGAGACCCAUGUUACAUACAAUACUUGGACAAAAUCGGUCAGAUAUUUUUUGGUGUUAAGCCUCCUGAAGAAAAAAAAAGUGGAGGUUUGUUUGGCAAUUUCCUGGAGAGUUUUUUGGGUGGAUUAGAUGAAGAAAGUGAUGAAGAUGUUGCACAAGCUUCAACAUCAAGCCGUUUGAUUGAAAAUACUGAAAUGGACUAAUAUUAGCAAAUUCUGUGUGUUGUUUUGGUCAAGUGAAAAAAAUGUAAAUAUUGGUUGGAUUCUAGAUUGGUCCUAUAAUUUAUGGUGACUUUAUGACUACUUAAGAGAAAAAUUAAUUGAAAAUUUCCAAAAAAGUGAUUCUUUGUUAAAAGUUGUUGGGAUACCUGAGACAGUUUUUUUUUAAAUAUUAUUUUAGCCUGAUAAUAAAAAAGAAUUUCAUAAAAAGAGUUUUGUUUUUAAUUUA